AGGAGCAAGCGACAAGCGACCGCGCGCGUGGAGGGCAGGGGUGCCUGGCGGCUGCGCGUCCCCUGCAACUGGACCCCUCGGCGUCGGCAGCUGUCCCGCCGCCCUGGCCUCGGCCUGCGGUGACCGGGAGCGGCAGGGCUGGCUGCUGCCGGCUUGGGGCCUGGCCGUGGGCACGACAGGAAAGUCCCUCAAGGAAGAACCCAACUUGAAUGGGUGUUUUCUUGGCCUCUGCAACGCAGCUGGGUGAAGCGAAGGUGGGGUGGGCGGAACCUGUCUAAAAAUAGAGGAUUGUGAAAACUCGUCUAGUGCGUGUUAUUGGUAACAAUUGUCUAGAAUAAGAUGGGACUGCAGUUGACAAGCAACCAGCACUCUCCUCUACAGUGGGGUCUGCGGCCAUUAAAAGUAUUGUAGAUGGUCCCUAUCUGAAGUUAAAACGCCACAUUUCUUACCCCAAGUAAGGCCUGUCAGCUGAGGAGUUCAGGGCACUCUUCAAAAAGCUUUUUUCACCCACAAGGACUUGUUGAUCCAGCUGUGCUUAAAUCAUUUGACUAAUAUAAUUUGGAGGAGAGGUUAGGAAAGACGUAAAUGACGGUUUUAACCCUUGAUGGACUGAAAAUCAGAAAACUUUAAAAAGGAGGAACUUCUGAAGAGGUAUGCAUCAUGGUGGUGAUUCCACUGAAACAACUGCCAAACCAAAGAGAAGUUUUUAUGCAGCGAGAGAUUUGUACAAAUACCGACACCAGUACCCGCAGAACUUCAAAGAUAUCCGGUAUCAAAAUGACUUGAGCAAUCUUCGUUUUUAUAAGAAUAAAAUUCCAUUUAAGCCAGAUGGUGUUUACAUUGAAGAAGUUCUAAAUAAGUGGAAAGGAGAUUAUGAAAAGCUGGAGCACAACCACACUUACAUUCAAUGGCUUUUCCCCCUGAGAGAACAAGGCUUGAAUUUUUAUGCUAAAGAACUAACUACAUAUGAAAUUGAGGAAUUCAAAAAGACAAAAGAAGCAAUUAGAAGAUUCCUUCUGGCUUAUAAAAUGAUGUUAGAAUUUUUUGGAAUAAAACUGAUUGAUAAAACUGGAAAUGUGGCUCGGGCUGUUAACUGGCAGGAGAGGUUUCAGCAUCUGAAUGAGUCCCAGCACAACUAUUUAAGAAUCACUCGUAUUCUGAAGAGCCUUGGUGAGCUUGGAUAUGAAAGUUUUAAAUCUCCUCUUGUGAAAUUUAUCCUUCAUGAGGCUCUUGUGGAGAAUACUAUUCCCAAUAUUAAGCAGAGUGCUCUGGAGUAUUUUGUUUAUACAAUUAGAGACAGAAGAGAAAGGAGAAAGCUCCUACGGUUUGCUCAGAAACAUUACACGCCCUCAGAGAAUUUUAUCUGGGGGCCGCCUAGGAAAGAACAGUCGGAGGGAAGCAAAGCCCCCAAAAUGCCCACCUCUCCCGUCUCUGGUCAUAACAGUCAAACUUCUAUGCACAAAAAAUCCAAGGAGUCCAAAAAUUCCUCCUCAGCUGUUCAUUUAAAUAGCAAAACAAUGGAAGAAAAAAAAGUAGCACCUAAUGAGCCUGGAGAAGAGACAGAUAGGCCCAGAGCAGAGCCCAGUGAUGGAGCUGCCAAGCCGAGAAACAGCGAGGACUGUGAUGGUGAAAAUUCCAAUUCUCAACCAGAUAAAACAAUUAACAAUCCCAUAGAGAAAAAGGAGAGUGCAUCCCCUUCUGACAAAGAUGAAGAAGUUGAAAAGCCAAACAAAAACUCUGAAAAUCCUGGAAAUACAAGCUCCCAUGAUGAUAUACUAUUACAAUGAAUUGUCAGAAAACCCACAAACCCAUUUAGGUAAGGGGGAAAAAAACUACUGUAGAAUUUUUCCUAAAAAACAAGAACAAGAUCAAAUUUCAAAGUUUAACCAGCUGUUUCAGAUUUAUGUUGUAAGAGUUUUUUUUCUUUUGUUUGUUUUUCAUUUUGGAUGAAAAUAAAAUUACUAUUUGAUAAGAAGUCUUAAGACAAGAUCCGAUAAAUGAACGUGUUCUGUAAUGCUUUUAGGAUGUGAGUUUUCAAAUUCUACACAGAAUGAUUACUUUUAAAUUAUUUUCAAGAUAUCUGAAAACAAUCAUUUAGUAUGCUAUAUCAAGUAAAUUCUUUUGAGAAGUUACAUUCUACAUGAGGAAAAUCAAAGAAUGAUUUCAUUGUGUUGACACAACCUUUACCUGAUUUACGGAUUUAUAUUUUUUAGCUGGAAAAUUUAGAAGAGUUAUUUGGAUUCUUUUAUUCCAACACCUCAACAUUUUGUUUUUAAAUUCUAAUACAGUAAAAUUGAUGUUCUUGGGGAGCUAUGACCUCUCCGGCCCAUCUGUCAGCCCCACUGAUUUUUUCUCUUUUCCUCUCUUUGCACUAACGCUUGUCCUGCCGUCUUUGUCAACUAGCAUGUGCAUUUCUAGUGUACAUUAUUCUAGUGUACAUUAGGAUGAUCUAUGUUGAAAUUUAAAUGGAACAGAGGUGUACUUUAAGUGUAUGAUUUCAAGAAUUUGCUUUGUUUAAAAUAAUAAAAAUGGUUUUCUGCAUUAAGUGCUUAAAACAAACUUUGAUGCAAAACUCCAAGAAAAGAAUUAUGCUUUCUAUGGCUGUUCCAUAUACAUUUGCUGCUUGACUCUGAAUGCAAAUGGCUAUAGAAUUAAAAAAUAAUAAAGGAAUUAUUCACUGUUUAAAAGCCAUGCCUCUUGCAUUGGCAAUCAGGCAGUGGUCACUAAAACUAUAAGUAUUUCAGUGUUAUUUGGUUAGGAGAUGUUUAAUGUGGGUUAGAACAUGUUUAAUACACGGUGUAUCUUUUUUUUUUUUAAAAAAAACAACAACCUGAUGCAUCCCUAAAUUGUCAGAGUUUAAAACUGAGAACAGAUUUGAAAUUCUGUAUACUCAGUUUUAACAAGCACUUAAUAUAUAAUUUGACACUGUUUAAAAACUAAUAAUUUUGCUUCUUAUACUAUUAUCACUAAUAUUACAAAUCAUAAAACAACCAGAAACACUUGGUGAGAAUUUCAAAGCAUACAUGUAAAUACCAUUAAAACAAUUAAUAAAUAAAAUAUUUUUACUUGUUUCAUUUAGAAAGGAAUUGGCUUUUGUGUCUCUCUUAGGCUUUUGAGAAAGUUAUUUUCACUUUAACCCCUAAAAGAAUUUUUAAUAUGUUCUAUUCUGUAUCACAUCAUGUCUUCUGUUUUCUCUUGAUCCAUUUUCAGCAGUGGACUUCUAGAAAAUAAACCCACCAAUAGUAUGCCUUUAAAAAUACGAUUUUAUUGCUUUGAAGUUAAUGUGAAACAUCACAGUUGCUUAACCCUUAAUUUUUUAUAUGAAUGUUAAUAACAGUCAUGUUGUAGAUCAUAUUCCAAUAAGUACAAGGUAGAACAAUUUCUUAUUUUUAGUUCCCAUAAUGUACCAAUCUUUGCUUUCCACCAUUUUGUGAAGUGAGUACUAGGACUGGUGAAACAAUUCUGUGUUUGCAUUUUAUUUAUUUAUUUUUGCAUGCAAGAAAUACACGGACCUUUUCUGUGGUGUUUGUUGUAGUCUCUCACAGAGCUCAAUAGAGAAUUUAACAGAGUUUAGGGGAUGGUAGUAGGUUGUUGCAUUAGGCUGAAUUGUAAGGAUACAAUUAAUUUGAUUCAAUAUAUCUUACCAAUUUUGCACACAUGAUAAAGUGUUCAACCCAUUUUUAAAUGCUUAAUAUUAAUAUGUGACCAGAUACUAAAAUACUAAUAGUGUGACCAGAUUCUAAAAGAAAGAAAUAUACUCUGACUUAUUUAAAUUGUAGCAUAUCAGGCCCUUGGAAGUUAAAAAAAAGUAUUCAACAACUUAAUGUUUAGGAUAUUAUUCCCCAAUGGAGGUUUGAUUAGAUUGUGCCAUUUAGUUUGAGAAUAUUUAGUCUCAAGGGAAAAACUGCCUGGCUUCCAUCUAAAAUAGUGGUCUUUUUCCAUCAUGGUGUUUUUAAAUGCAUAUUCAUACAUAACAGUAUGUCUCCUACAUUUAAUUUGUAAAUAACAUGAGCGAAUUAUUCAGAGGAGAACAAGUAAAAGGAUGUCAUUCCUUUUGCAGAUAAAAAUUACGAGUGUCUAGAAUUUUUUUUUCUAUUAAGAAUACUUUAUACAUUUAAUGGUUUUUUAAAUAAGAUCUAUGGAUAUGUAUUUGUGUCUUAGAUUAGAAACAGUCCCCUGGGUUUGACUCCAAUAUUUUGUGUUUUUAAAAACUACCAUAUGCUUGCAGAAAUUUGCUGAGAAGCUGUUAAAAAAUGCGGUGAAGCAUGUUUAAAUAGCUAGAAACAUUGAAUCUUUUGCAAUAUAUAGCCUGUAUUGUUGUACCAUGGACUGCAAGGAUACUAAAUAUUGGCUAUUAAUAAAAUACUAACUUGCAUUUCAUGCAAGCUGUAAUUUAUUUGCAAUAGAUGUUACACUGCUUGAUUAGUCUAGUACAUUUCUAAUAUUUUGUGCUUUCAUAUCUCUAAGGAGAUAAUAUAUGUGAAAAUAUUUUUAAAUACUGUAAAGUGAUAUAUAAUAAGAUAUAUUUCUGUACAGUAAGGGAAAAGUUUAUAACAUUAAAAAUAUUGUACCAUUAUACAUUUUUCAUGCUCAAUCUCAUAAGGAAACUCAAAACUAUUAUAAUCGAAGUGAAAAUAUGUCUGCUUUGUCUUAAUCAAGUCUGGGUCUCAGUUCAAAAAUUAUUUUGCAUAGUUGUAUUUUGAAUUUCUGUUUUGAGACUUAUUUCAGCUUCAAGAAGAAAAUAAAACCUACAACUCAGGAGCUACUAGAGGAGUGCUAAGAUUUUUGCUAAGCAUUAAUAACAAACGUGUGAACGUGUCAUGACACCUGUUAAGACAUUGUUUCAUAUUUUGUCAUAUAAAAUUAUCUACUCUGCUUUUAGAUUUUAUACUUUAAUCUGAGUAAAAGUAUGAUCUGGUGAAAAAAGGGAAAAACAGUAUAUUGUGUUACUUGUGUUACUCUUUAAAUCAAUUUAGUAAAAACUAAAUUUCCAUAUUAAGUGGUCGAAGAUUAACUGAACUGAGGAAUAGAGAGUAUUUGGUUAAUUAUUUUAUAGUUAAAAAUUUCAAGUUUAUAGUAGAAUCAUAAGUGAGUUUAUAAUUCACUCGGUAACUAAAUCAAGUUGGUUUAUUACUAUAAUUGAGUCUCUUCUAAAAGCUUAAUUUUCUAACCUUAGAAAAGAAGGACAUUCUUGGUCUUGCUUGACUUAGUUACAUCUGCGGGUCUUUCAUGUCUAUUUGGAGGGAGUGGGGAUCCUUCAUUAUACGGAUAUAUAUGAAGAUUUCUACUUUGUUUCCUGCUUAGAAAACUCCCUUUUCUCUUUUGGAGAGUGAGUGCAGCUAAAUAGGCUGAGUUAGACCUGCUAAACUCCUUUUCAAUUGUAGAUGCAGUUGUGGAGAAAGAUGGCUAGGGCCAGUGUAGGAUCUAGAAAAUAAGUGUGCAUCUACUGAGUUCUUUAAACUGUGGAAGCUGUACUGUUCAUUGCAUGAACAGAUUUGUGUGGGCAGUCUCUAGGGUGACAGUGAGUACUACCCUGCCUCCUGCCCAUCUAGUUAUUCAAUUCACCCAGCAGAUUGUGUUAGGGGACAUAUAGUGUUUUUAGAAAUCCCUAAUUACUGAAGUUAGUGUAAUUAAUGUAGUUAUAAAUAUGAAUGCUUGGAGGUGUCCAGAUGUGCCUUAACUAACGUGAUUUUCAUUCAGAAGUUUAAAUUUUUACUCCAUUGUAAAAUACUGUCCGAAGGAACUUUUCAAACCAUGAAUAUCAGUUACUUUAAUGAAGUUUACUUUGGUGCUUUCUUGUUUUGGAGAAAUUUCUGUUUUAGACAAAUGCAUCAGUUCAUAAAGAAGUGAACUCACCACAAUAUUCAACAAUGUGUUAUAUGUGACGAAAGUGUUUAGAGAAAAAUUAACUAUGUGGUUGUUAUAUUUAUACCUUUGCUUAAUAUUAUACAUGCUGUAAUUUUUGUUUUAAACAUACCUGUUACUGCAAGGAAUAGUUUACCUGUGUUUUACUUCAUGUUCUUAGACACAGAUGGAUGAAGAAAGUGGAAUUCUAUUAGAGAAAUUAUUUAAAAAUUUAAUUCCAGUAGAUGGUUGGAGGAAUCUGAAAUUGAUUUGAAAAACUAUUAUGCCAUAGUUUAUUACAAACAUUAAAAAAAAAAAAAAUAAAGCACUGUUCUUGCUUGCUUCCCACAUUAGUGAGGGUGUUCUUUGUCAUUUUUUUUCCCUUUCUCUUGAGAAGUCUAUUAUUUUAGUUAUUUGUGGGAAAUAACUUCUUAAUAUGUUUGUUUCCUUAAAGUUUUCAUGUAGAGAAUACAAUGAAGUGCUUUGUUAUAUGGCCCAAACUCUGGCUAGAAGUAGAGUUCAGAUAGGAAGAGGUGACUAAGAAUCAGGGUGGGCACCUUGGUGAAGUGAAACCAACACUGGAUCCGUCCUCUCUGGCAUCAUGGCGGGCCUCAGAGUCCCCCAGUGGAAAAUGAGGAUGUUGGGCUCCCAUGAUCUCUGACUUCUGGGGAAAGUUGACCAUCUUGGACUCUAUAUAGUUUUAAUGGGUAUCAAUUUUUGUAGAAUACCUGCCGUAAUUUAUUCACGACUAUUUUGUAGUUGUUUGGAAAAUUGAGAGCAAUUGGGCUUCUGCUAUGUAAAUUAUAGCUGUAUGUUUAUAACUAUCUUGGGAAACACUUUGAAAUACCAGUUCCCCCCAAGCCGCUUCAAUCACAAUUCUUUUGGGUUUUUCUUCCAUAGGUAUAUAUAAAUAAAUACUUUUCAUAAAAUGCUUCAGCACACUUUAAAAAUGAAUGAAAGGAAGAAGGCAUCAGUGCUCUCUCUUUAAUCAGAGCACCUUAUGGAAAUGUACUUAAGCUAUGAGGUUUAUCAAAUUUUUAUUUUUUAAAUUUUAAAUGCAUAUGUGGAACAGUUUACAUUAACUAGAAAGAUUACUUAUAUAAUAAGCUCUGGUUCAAAGCAGUGUUCCAGUUCUGUACUCGUUGGUCAAAUGAGCAUUUUUUUUCAGUGCUAAUGGAUUUACUUUCACUGAAGAAAAGGAAAACACAAAACAAGAUUACUAACAAGAAACCCACUAUAGAAAUAAAGAUACAGCCAAUUAUAGGUUUGUGCAAGUGCCAGAAUUACUGGAAGCAGGUAAGGAAGGAUUUAGAAAAGCUUUAUGGUGGGGACAUGUUUUAAGAAUCAGUUCUAUAUUACCUGUGCCAAGGAGAGCAGUAACUGGUGUGGGAAGAGAAUCCCAUUAAUACUCUCAUUUGAAACUUUAAUUCUCCCUACUCCACAGUGAAACCUUUCAUUAGACUAGUAGAAGUAAUGAAUGAUCAGAUACCAAGUUUCAUUCAUUUGCUGGUGUGUGCCAACAGGUUGGUGGUUUUACCAACAAGAAGCUAAACUGAGGGACGCUGCAGAUAAGAGAAGACUCAGCAAUAGGUGGUUUAUAAAUGAAGUCACUAUCUCCCAUAC